AUGGCGACGGGCUCGCUGAAGCAGGUCGCCAAGUGUCGCCUGCGCGAUCUGCUCGUCGCAAGCACCGCCAGUCGCACAUUCGCAUCAACGUCGAGCCCCGUGCAACCCGCCGUUGGCCGCGCUCGCGCUGACUCCGCCGCCCACAACGCACGCGCUGAUUCCGCUGCUCACAGCGCUCGCGCUGACUCCGCCGCGCGCACCCAAUCCGCCGCCACGGGCCCCUUGCCCGCUGUGCUCGCCGCCGCUACCACCGUUUCUGUGCCGCCUGCCGCGUCGCAGCGCACGUCGCAGCGCACGUCGCAGCCCGCGUUUCAGCCGACUUCGCAAAGAUUUCCCGUCGGAUGUUUUCAGCCGGCCUUCCUACCACGCGGCCGAUUCCAGUCCGCUCUACCCUCGCCGCCUUCCGCGCCUCACGCGCUUUGGCCUGCCGCGCCACGCGUAGAAUACGCAACAGCGCCGGCGGCGGCAGCAGCGCGCUGCCACCACUCCGCCGCCGAGCCGUGCCACCACGACGAGGCGCGAACAGGAAACGGAGCCACAUCAGCAGCGACGGCGACGACUAGCAGCGGCGGUCGUGAUAAGCCCGUCGACUCAGCGACGCCUGCCACGUCAGCAGCUGAUGACGCGUCCGCGUGCUGGCUGUGCUCCGCCGAUCGCGGCGCUGAAGCGCACGCGGGGAAGGGCAUCUCCUGCCCCCCCGGGGGAGCAUGUGGCGCGAGGUGGCGCUCUGGUGAGGUGGCGCUCUGCUCUGGUGUGUCACCACCCUGGAAGGGCAUGUGGCGCGCUUGUCCACCCCCCUCCCUCGUCAUGCCCACCCCCCUCCCUCGUCAUGCCCACCCCCCUCCCUCUUCGUGGCCACCCCCCUCCCUCUUCGUGCCCACCCCCUCCCUCUUCGUGCCCACCCCCUCCCUCUUCGUGCCCACCUUUCUCCCAUUGUUCCACCCACGUCUCCCGCGUGCAUUCGCCAUCGACCUAUCGCUGUUGGAGCAGCGUUACAAGCAGCUGCCUGAGAUGCUCUUUUUCCAUCCGCUUCCUCCCCUCCUCCCGCCCCCACACCCACCCUGCCCACCGCCCCUCAGCCCGCGUGCAUUCGCCAUCGACCUAUCGCUAUUGGAGCAGCGCUACAAGCAGCUGCAGAAGAUGCUGCACCCGGACCUGCAUGGGGGCAGAUCGGAGGAGGAGAGAGAGCUAUCAGCGGAGCAAACAGCGCAUGUCAUAGACGCCUACUACACGCUCCUCAGGCCGCUCUCUCGAGCCAAGUACCUUCUGCGGGCCAGUGGAGUGACAGCAGCAGAGCUGAGUGGCGACAGCCCGGGGAGGGACCAACAGCUGCUCAUGGAGGUGAUGGAGCUGAGGGAGACCAUUGAGGACGCUGACAGCCCGGAGGAGCUGAAAGCUCUGCAGUCGCAGGUGAUGGAGCUGAGGGAGACCGUUGAGGACGCUGACAGCCCGGAGGAGCUGCAGGCGCUGCAGUCGCAGGCCACAUGCAUGUCUCAGGCCACAUGCAUGUCUCAGGCCACAUGCAUGUCUCAGGCCACAUGCAUGUCUCAGGCCACAUGCAUGUCUCAGGCCACAUGCAUGUCUCAGGCCACAUGCAUGUCUCAGAACACAUGCAUGUCUCAGAACACAUGCAUGUCUCAGGCCACAUGCAUGUCUCAGGCCACAUGCAUGUCUCAGGCCACAUGCAUGUCUCAGGCCACAUGCAUGUCUCAGGCCACAUGCAUGUCUCAGAACACAUGCAUGUCUCAGGCCACAUGCAUGUCUCAGGCCACAUGCAUGUCUCAGGCCACAUGCAUGUCUCAGGCCACAUGCAUGUCUCAGGCCACAUGCAUGUCUCAGGCCACAUGCAUGUCUCAGAACACAUGCAUGUCUCAGAACACAUGCAUGUCUCAGGCCACAUGCAUGUCUCAGGCCACAUGCAUGUCUCAGGCCACAUGCAUGUCUCAGAACACAUGCAUGUCUCAGAACACAUGCAUGUCUCAGGCCACAUGCAUGUCUCAGGCCACAUGCAUGUCUCAGGCCACAUGCAUGUCUCAGGCCACAUGCAUGUCUCAGGCCACAUGCAUGUCUCAGGCCACAUGCAUGUCUCAGGCCACAUGCAUGUCUCAGGCCACAUGCAUGUCUCAGGCCACAUGCAUGUCUCAGGCCACAUGCAUGUCUCAGAACACAUGCAUGUCUCAGGCCACAUGCAUGUCUCAGGCCACAUGCAUGUCUCAGAACACAUGCAUGUCUCAGGCCACAUGCAUGUCUCAGGCCACAUGCAUGUCUCAGGCCACAUGCAUGUCUCAGGCCACAUGCAUGUCUCAGGCCACAUGCAUGUCUCAGAACACAUGCAUGUCUCAGGCCACAUGCAUGUCUCAGGCCACAUGCAUGUCUCAGGCCACAUGCAUGUCUCAGGCCACAUGCAUGUCUCAGAACACGCGCAUAAUGGAAGGGCUGUACGGCAGCUUUGACUCUGCGUUCCGGGGGGGCGAUGUGGGCGCGUGUGUGGGGCUGCUGCACCGCAUGGCUUACUUCCACCGCGUGGCCAAUGAGAUUGACAACCGGUUGCACUCCAUGUAG